CGCAGGCCUCACAAAUAACACACAUUUAACAACAGCACAAUCCACUGUCACGAGGACAAUACCAGUCCUUUAAAAACAAACUAAAGAAAUUACACUAUAGCAAGUACCGAGAUGAACAAGGAGCCGAAGUGUAGAGUACCCGAAGGUGGAGAGUUGAAGGCUGCCAGCUGGUCCCUUCUCUGUGGCUGUGUGGAAAACUACUGUGAUACUUGCUGAGACGCUGUGAGGCUGCCAAAAGUAAGACGUGUUGAGUGAGCCAGCAAGGAAGCAUCUCAGCUCAGCCUGUUUGUCCAUUGAAGCACUUCUGCCACCAGUCUUGCAGGGCAGCUCUAGUGAUGGCAGCUCGGCUGCUGUACUCUGGCGACCGUGUAGUAACAGUUUCAGCGAGGAGUCUGCGUUCGCUGUGUGCCGGCCGCAGGUUAUUCUCCAGCCAGGGCAGCAACAACUCCAACGAAGCCACCCCCUCGCCUGAUGUCAAGGAGGUAGCCACAGGUACUUGCACUUCAGAGCAAUUGGACACAUGGUUGGACAUCCGAGCAGGUAUUUUUGGCCCCAGUGACCAGCGACUGCCCCUGCCCGGCAAUGUGGGGCUGAGUCAACACCUCGGCACCCCCACCCGUGCCCCACCCCCACCACAGCUCACCUCUGUCCUGCCCCGAGCCCCCAUACCCGACAUUCUCACCUACAAGACCAACCACGAAAACCAACUGCAGGCGCUGGGUCAGUGCAGCCCUGAGGAACUGCCAGACUUUGAGGAGUCCACCAAAGCAGCCCCUGCCAUGCCUCCUCACCCUGCCGACGUGCUGGAGUGUAAGGUGCAGAAGUGCCCUGACCUCAUCAAGAAAGACUUCCUGGACCUGUUUCCGGGCCGCAACCUGAGGGAUGGUCCACUAUCUGUGGUGACGCUGAGCCAGAGGACCAAGCACGACAUGAGCUGCUGGUCCGAGGACAUGGAGAAUGAGAGGGAGGAGCUGCAGCUUUAUUUUAUCCUUGCUGCGGAGGAUAUCUGUGCCAUCCUACAGCGUGAGGGUUACUGGGCGGACUUCAUUGAUCCAGCAUCUGGCCGCCCUUUCCUAGGCCAGUUCACUAACUCCACACUCUUCGAGACGGACGAACGUUACCGCCACCUGGGCUUCCGAAUAGACGACCUGGGAUGCUGCAAGGUCAUCUCUCACCGUAACUGGGGCACACACGUGUUUGUGGGUGCCAUCUUCACCAAUGCUCCCAUGGACUCUGAGGUGCUGGAGCAGGCACUCACCAAGCACGAGAGGAGCCGCUCCCCCACUGAACACUAACCCCAGCAUGGGUUAGUGACUCUCUCCACCCUGUUGUCUGUGAUGCCGAGCUGAAGACUGCUGUGGCAUGACUUGCCUCCUGUUACUAUCGCUGCACUGUGCUGCAGAAGAAGACAACUUUGGCUGUCUACUUAAGGAAAUAACUUAGUUGGGCAAUGUUAAAUUUUUAGUUUUGCACCAGCUUGACCUAAAGUAUUUAAGUGCUUGAAGUGGCUCAUGUUUUGGCUUGCUCAUGUUAGGUUUGCGGCAGCACAGGAAGGAGAGUAGAGAAGCAGCAGGGAACCACUGUAGUUUUCAUGCUUAGUAAAGGUGCUGCCACCCAGGCAUAACCCCAGCAGUGUGAUGCUCCUGUUGCCUGCUGGGGAAGGGAACCACUUGCCAAGGAACAGUGCCAUCUUGAGAGCGAGUGCAGGGAAUUCCUUCCCAAUGCUUGAAGAGACAUGGGGCAUGUGGUUGUAAAUGUGCAGUAUUGGGCUGGCACCUUUAGAAUGAGAGCGUGAUGGUUCUUACCGUGUGAUAUCAGUCCACCAGGAUUGUUCUCUGUAGUGUUAUUAUGUACAUACUGUAAAUGGAGCUUAAUCUGAUGUGAACUUUCUGUGUAUCUUGCCAGUCGGUGUGAAGAGAGAACAUUCUAUCAUGAUCUGUCCUAGUAAGUAAUUCUUUGCAGAUUACAUCCGUUAUUCUAUCUCGAUGAUUUACGCAGAUUGUUUUGACUAUCAUGUCUCGGUGAUUUAAGUCUUUACGAUCAAGUCUACUGUUUUUAACAUUAUUGUUGAUAUCAGUCAGUCAUCAGUCACUCAUUUGUGCAAAGGGACACUUGAGAAGGAAAUAUUGUUGAAGCAAGAUAGAAUGUGGCACUGGAUGACUUUUUUUGGUUACUUAGAAAACUUUUAUGUGAAGUAAAUGUACAAAAAUAUAAUCUUCCAGUAGCACGGUACAUAUAUUUCCUCUCAGGUGGGCAGGGGACCAAGCCUGGGCUGCUCACCUGUCUGGUUCAUUAGUGUGCACAUCCUCAAUGGUUACCAAGAUGACUGACCACAGCUUAGUACAAACUCCACCAGUCAUUGUCAGCACUGAUGUAAUCUGUUAGCUCACUGGCUCCAGACCUUUGUGGCAUUGUGUCAGUGCAGUGGUGAGGCUCCUGACCUGCCUCUGUGGUGACCCCUCCUACCAUUCACCUCAGCUGUGUAGUGAUAACCCCUCCCACCACUGAACACUGCAGUGUGAAAGUCACUUCUCUAAGCAAGUACACAUCAUCAUUGUAGAGGUGUCUUCCCCCUGCCACUCUAAACCUCAGUGUGGUGGUGACCACUGCCAGCCACCGUACACCACCUCACCCUCAAUCUCACACAUGUAAUGCACACCGAAGGCUUGUUGGUGAUGACUGGUGACACAUUGAUGCCCGUAUCUCACGGUCACGUAUACCCGCGACAGCGUGUCGCGCGUCUGGAAUAUUGACGACCGCGUCGCAGAAAAUGCAGAUUUUCAGAGAACGGCAGGUCAUCGGGAAUGAUCCAAGACCGUUGUCCAUUUCCCUCGACUGGAAGACCGUUGUGGAAAGACUGUAAUGAACAUACUCCACAAAAAUACUGAAGUAUUUUUUAUAAUGCUUUAUUUGGCAUAUAUCAUCAAUAUAAUGCUGUAAUUUUUCAUAAUUUGUAUACCCAUCACUUAUACGAUAUUUAUUAAUUACCUACAGAUAGUAUCGGAUUUUGUUUUGAUUUGUUUACCACCACAAGUGCUGGACUAGCCACCUUCGCGUCCAAAUCCUUACCUUCCUUUUUAAUUUGUUCUGCUCUUGCAGUGCAAUUCCAUAAAGUCCAACAGCUAAGACAGCGUGGUCAACUGGGUCCAUUGUGUUCAGUGGCGCUCCGCCCGGGUUUGUUGUUGUUGUGGUGGUGAAGGUCUCGGAUGGAAGAUCAACGCUGUGUGCUAUGUUUCCUGCGAUCUGAUCGUCGAACAUACUGGUCGCGCGACACGCUGUCGCAGGUAUACGUAACCGUGUGAUACAGGCAUAACAAGGUGUGAAGAAGUUUUCUUCAAACACUUUUAAAAAUUGAAAAAAUGUAAAUUGGAAUCAACGAGAUUUCAAGUUAUUUCCUUCACUUCAUACAUUUUCAAGAUAUUUAUUUGUAAAUACAAUUUCUGUAUUAUGGAAUUAGGAUGAAAACUAAAUUAUUUUAUUGGUAACUUCAAAGUUUUGCUGUGCUUCACACUCUUUAGCACGAGUAUUACCUCACCACAGACAAUAUCAUUAUUACUCUGAACUUGGACAUCCUCACACUCCCCGUGAGGAAAGUAAUGAACAAUAUACUUAUUUCUUAUUAAGUAACUCUGGAAUAUCUAAAAUUCUUUUCAAGUAGCAUUUCUGAUUGUAUUUUUCCGUUUCACUUUUCUCUGUGAGUCUGUGAAAUGUCUUGAAGUAACACAGCCUCCCUAGCCAGUGCAGUGUCCACAGAGGUGAGGAGCUGCUGUGCCAGGACCUGUGAGGCAGAUGUAAGGUUCAUGUACAGAGGAGAGUUGUUCAUCCUAGUGUGAGGCUACAACCAAUCUGUGUAGCAGUGAAUGAAGGAGAAAAGUAAAUGUAUAUGCAUCAUU